UGGGUAUAUAAUAAAAGUAUGUAGCAGAUUUCUGGCCGCAUUCGAAAAAUUUCCUCAUGAAUGUUUUGACGCGGUUCCAAAAAAAACACGUGCAGGGCGGGACAACACCUUGAGAGAAGCAGGCUUGGAGCCCGUGGAUUGGCGGAAUCAAAGCAUCAAAUGAGAAUAAAAGCACCGGUUUAUGCAUCUUCUACUUUGGGAUCCACAUGAUAAAAAGAAUUUUAAAAAACAUUCAAAUACGUGUGCACUAUAAACAGAUACGUGGGGGUAUUUAAAGAAAAGGUGAAGGUCUUCGAAGGACGCCAUAGAAGGUAUAGAAAGCAUUAAUUAUCUCUCAGAUGACGAUUAACUAUAAAACGGACAUGAUUUCAGAGAUGUAGAGAGAUUAUUACAAGAGGGAUAUACGACUUCAUUUCCUGUGUAACUAUGCAAGGUUUUGUCCAUUCUUGUCCUCAAAACCUUACAGAAGCUAUAAAGGCCUCUACAAGGCUUGGCUGUGGUCGUGACAAGUAUGGUAAUGAUCAGUAUAUAUGUCUCCCUAACAUCGAGAAGACUGGUCUGGUAGAAUUCUGUCACAAUGGAAUCAUGGGAAUAAUUCAAAGAGGAAACUGUUUGGAGACGACUGAGGGUAAACUGUUUCCACAUGACUGCUCAGGGUUUAUAGAAGGCUGUCCAGAUGAUCCUUACCGGAGCAAUGAGAAUUACAAUUAUCCUGCAUGUCAACAAAUCAACACACAAGAUCACUGCUAUCUUGCUGAUGCUUCCUGUUCAGUAACCACUACGACAAAACUUAAUCAAACAGCCACAAUCCAGGAGUAUGAAACUGCAGAUAUUGGUGCAAUAGUAGGAGGGCUGUGUGCUGGAGUGAUUGUUCUCAUCGUUCUGCUGUUCUUAGGGGUUCAUUUCUGGAGAAGAAAACAAAGAUGUAUAAAUAAAACAACAGAACCAAAUCCAGACAAAAUAUCAACAGACAAGGAUGACAGUCAUAGCAGUGUAGAUCCCAGUAAAAGUGAUGAAGAUGACAGUAAGAACAAAACUUAA